CGACAUCAUCUUAGUUAAGAUAAAAAAUUAUGAAAAAUAAAAAUGCAAAAUGACAACCACAGAUUAUCAUUCUGACGAUGACUUUGCUACUGACGAGGACGACAAAAUAAGACUGUAUGGUUCAACCUCUGAUUCUUUACAAAGGGGGCCUAAAAUCAGGCCGAGAGAUAUUAUCAAUUUUCCCGAUGGAACUGACGAACGUGGUGUAACUUUUUCAGCAGGAGACAAUGCCAAUGGCAUCGAUGGUACAACAGACCGUCAAGAGUCAAAUAUUCCUCUUCAAGAUUUCCAGGUUCAUGGUCAAGGACAGAAUUCACCACUUCUCCACAAAGAUAAACUGAAGUUAAAACACCAUACUUAUCCUGGGUUACAUGGUGCCCCUUCCAAUCAUUCACUGGCUACAACAUGGUCUAGUGAAACUGUCGUCUCCACCAAAUCAUUUGGUAGUUAUGACAAUUGGUUAAGACAUCCUAAAGUACGUGAAAAUUGGCGUGUUGUCCUGGGAUCUAUAGCUUUAACAAUUGUUGGUGUGGCAUUGAUAGUAUCAGGUAUAGGGGUAUUGAUAUCAGCAAAUAGAGGUAUUCAUUGUAUAGUGUUUUUUAUAAUAGGUUUAUUAUGCCUUAUACCAGGAGUUUAUCAUCUAGUGAUAAUAAUAUUUGCUGUUCAAGGUCGACCUGGUUACACAUUUUAUAAUAUACCAACAUUUAAAUGACUCUACCACUUCAACUUAG